AUGAACAGUUGGAUGUUCCGCCAUCGAUCCUUCUGCUACAGACGUGGUUGGUGUCGGUGUGUGGUCGUCCAUGUCGUCUGCCGUGGCUGUAUUGGAGAAAAAUACCUUCACAGCCGCGAAGGGGCUUUUCGACCUUGGAGUCGCGAGGUCUGCCGCAUGAAAAAGGGAUUGACUUGGAUCGCCAUGGACUUCCGAACCCAUUUCGCAACGUCAGCAUACGGACACGACAGCCGUGCGAGCACCGCAAUCACACUCAUGCCAUGA